UUAUUUCAGGACUCUCCUCAGAGGCCCCAACUGUGGGGGAAGAGCAAGCCCCAAGCAUCGAGGAAACAGAGGGGGAGCUGACAAUGGCUCCCACACCUGAGCAACCAGAACGAGGCAUCCACUUCGUCACAACGGCCCCCACCCUGAAACUGCUCAACCACCACCCACUGCUCGAGGAAUUCCUACAGGAGGGGCUGGAGAGGCGGGAGGAGGAGCUGAGGCCAGCGCUGCCCUUCCAGCCUGACCCACCUGCACCUUUCACACCGAGUCCCCUUCCCCGCCUGGCCAACCAGGACAACCGCCCUGUCUUUACCAGCCCGACUCCGGCCAUGGCUGCAGCACCCACUCUGCCCCAGUCCAGGGAGGGACCUUGGAGCUUGGAAUCAGAGACCCCUGUGCUUCGUAUCACAGCUCCCCUACCUCCAGGGCCCAGCAUGGCAGUGCCCACCCUCGGACCAGGCGAGAGGCCCAGUACUACACCCCCCGGCAGAACGUGGACUCCAACCCAAGAGGGUCCAGGAGACAUGGGCAGGCCAUGGGCUCCGGAGAUCAUGUCCCAGACCACAGGGCUCGGGAUUGAGGGGACUAUUGCCACCUCCACGGCUUCAGGGGACGAUGAGGAGACCACCACCACCACCACCAUCAUCACCACCACUAUCACCACGGUCCAGUCACCAGGUCCUUGCAGUUGGAAUUUCUCAGGCCCAGAGGGCUUUCUGGACUCCCCCAAAGCCCUCAAUUCACCCCCUGAGGUUGGCUUGGACUGUUUCUACUACAUCUCGGUCUACCCUGGCUACGGUGUAGAAAUCAAGGUCCAGAACAUCAGCCUCCAGGAGGGGGAAACUGUGACUGUGGAGGGCCUCGGGGGGCCUGACCCAGUGCCCCUAGCCAACCAGUCUUUCCUGCUGCGGGGCCAGGUCAUCCGCAGCCCCACUCACCAAGCAGCCCUCAGGUUCCAGAGCCUCCCGCCACCUGCUGGGCCUGGCACCUUCCAUUUCCACUAUCAAGCCUAUCUCCUCAGCUGCCACUUUCCCCGACGGCCAGUUUAUGGAGAUGUGACCGUCACCAGCCUCCACCCAGGAGGCAGUGCCCGCUUCCACUGUACCACAGGCUACCAGCUGAAGGGUGCCAGGCUCCUUACCUGUCUCAACGCCACCCAGCCCUUCUGGGAUUCUCAGGAGCCUGUAUGCAUCGCUGCCUGUGGGGGAGUGAUCCGCAAUGCCACCACCGGUCGCAUUGUCUCUCCGGGCUUCCCCGGGAACUACAGCAACAACCUCACAUGCCACUGGCUGCUUGAGGCCCCUGAGGGCCAGCGACUACAUCUACACUUUGAGAAGGUUUCUCUCGCAGAGGAUGAUGACAGGCUCAUCAUUCGCAAUGGGGACAAUGUGGAGGCCCCUCCCGUGUACGACUCCUAUGAGGUGGAGUACCUGCCCAUCGAGGGCCUGCUCAGCUCUGGCCGGCACUUCUUUGUGGAGCUCAGUACUGAUAGCAGCGGGGCAGCUGCAGGCAUGGCCCUGCGCUAUGAGGCCUUCCAGCAGGGUCACUGCUAUGAGCCCUUUGUCAAAUAUGGCAACUUCAGCAGCAGCGCACCCUCCUACCCUGUGGGCACCACUGUCGAGUUCAGCUGUGACCCUGGCUACACGCUGGAGCAGGGCUCCAUCAUCAUCGAGUGUGUCGACCCCCAUGACCCCCAGUGGAAUGAGACAGAGCCAGCCUGCCGAGCCGUGUGCAGCGGGGAGAUCACAGACUCGGCCGGCGUGGUGCUCUCCCCCAACUGGCCAGAGCCCUAUGGCCGUGGGCAGGACUGCAUCUGGGGCGUGCACGUGGAGGAAGACAAGCGCAUCAUGCUGGAUGUCCGAGUGCUGCGCAUAGGCGCUGGGGACGUCCUUACCUUCUAUGAUGGGGACGACCUGACGGCCCGGGUCCUUGGCCAGUACUCAGGGCCCCGUGGCCACUUCAAGCUCUUUACCUCCAUGGCUGAUGUCACCAUCCAGUUCCAGUCGGACCCCGGGACCUCGGUGCUGGGCUACCAGCAGGGCUUCGUCAUUCACUUCUUUGAGGUGCCCCGCAAUGACACGUGUCCAGAGCUGCCUGAGAUCCCCAAUGGCUGGAAGAGCCCGUCGCAGCCUGAGCUGGUACAUGGCACUGUGGUCACUUACCAGUGCUACCCUGGCUACCAGGUGGUAGGGUCCAGUGUCCUCAUGUGCCAGUGGGACCUAACCUGGAGUGAAGACCUGCCCUCAUGCCAGAGGGUGACUUCCUGCCGUGACCCUGGGGACGUGGAGCACAGCCGACGCCUCAUAUCCAGCCUCAAAUUUCCUGUGGGGGCCACCGUACAGUAUAUUUGUGACCAGGGUUUUGUGCUGACGGGUAGUGCCAUUCUCACCUGCCAUGACCGCCAGGCCGGCAGCCCCAAGUGGAGUGACCGGGCCCCCAAAUGUCUCUGUAAGUGUCAGAAGCCAUGCCAUGGCCUCAGUGCCCCUGAGAAUGGUGCCCGCAGUCCUGAGAAGCGGCUACACCCAGCGGGGGCCACCAUUCACUUCUCGUGUGCCCCUGGCUAUGUACUGAAGGGCCAGGCCAGCAUCAAGUGUGUGCCUGGGCACCCCUCACACUGGAGUGACCCCCCACCCACCUGUAGGGCUGCCUCCCUGGAUGGGUACUACAGCGGCCGCAGCCUGGAUGUUGCCAAGGCACCUGCUGCCUCCAGCACCCUGGAUGCCGCCCACAUUGCAGCUGCCAUCUUCUUGCCGCUGGUGGCCAUGGUGCUGUUAGUGGGAGGUGUGUACCUCUACUUCUCCAGGCUCCAGGGGAAAAGUCCCCUACAGCUGCCCCGAACACGCCCCCGCCCCUACAACCGCAUCACCGUGGAAUCAGCAUUUGACAAUCCAACUUAUGAGACUGGAUCUCUUUCCUUUGCAGGAGACGAGAGAAUAUGAAGUCUCCAUCUAGCUUGGGGAACCCAACUCAGUAUCGUGGUCCAGCGGCAGGGCUCCAGGCUUCCUGCUGUCCCUCUGCCUCCUGUACAUAUCACCUGGGAAGAGACGUCCUUGAUCCCUCCAGAAGUUGUGCCUGUCCCUGCCUGCAAUGCCCACCAUGGCCUGUUUUCUUGGUACCACUGCUUACUUAGGGCCUUUCCUGGGGCCCAAGUCAGGGGGCAUCUGCCUGUGAGGAGAUCACAGCUGGAGCACGCGCCAUCAGCAGCAGGCAUUCUCCUGACCCUCUCUCGCAUCCUGGACCUCGAGCCUGGAAUUCACAGGCAAAGCAGGAACAUCUUUCCCCACAGGACUGCCAUCCAGCCCUGGCAUCUAGGACCCUGCAGUAGGGUUGACCGUGAUAGAAACUGCACCAGGGUGCUCUUCACACAGCCAUCGCCAGUGGCCAAAACUGCUCUUGAUGGUAACCACCGGCUAGUCCUGGCAUGCCAGCAGCCUCCAGGGGAGGUCUCUACUCCUCUAAAGCCUUGAGAAUGAACAGCUCUGCCUCCUGCCCUAUCCUGGUGGAGGCAAUAAUUCUAAGGGAUCCUAAGAGGUUCAGGAACCCUACCAUAAGCUCAGGUUGGGCUUCCCUGGACACUCAUGCUCCACACCAAAGCAGGACAUCCCACUACUCCCCUGGCACACUAUACCCUGAGGAGAAGGAGACCCUUUCCUGAUGUUUAUCUGGCUGCUACAGACAUCCUCUACCCCACUAGGUCCUCCUGCACACCUAAUCACUUGCCAGGAUCCCUUCCAUCCUGGCUACUGUGUGAUGGGAUCAGGGGAGUGGGCAGGCAUAUGCUGAAGAGAAGCAGAGAUGCAAGGAUCCAGGACUUUGGCUUGGAACAGGGGGUCAGAGAGUCCCAGGGAGAGGCCCAUGAGCUGGCUGAAGGCCACUUUGUACAUGUAAUGUAUUAUAUAUGGGGUUUGGACUCUGGCCAGAGAACAAUCUUUUAUUUCUGUUGUUUCCUUAUUAAAACAGUGUUUUUUGAAAAAACCAAGUAACAGCCAGGUGGAUGGUGUUUUUUUUGGAAGGAAGGGAGGUGGGGAAUAAAUGGGAGGGGCACUUCAGGAUCAGAAGGGCAUGGCUUCACCAAUCAUCUUCAGAUUUCAUAAAAACCAGUUAUGUGCAGUAGAGCAGGGACCCUGUCCCUGAAAGAUCAGUCCAACAGACAGCAGGUGAAACAAAAAGCCCUAGUGACUGGUGCCAUAAGGGUGUGGGAGCCCAGAAACCCAACUGCCCAUCCACCCCAAUGCCUCACAUCCCCCUCUUUGCCAGGCCUAAACAUUCAGGCUGGCACACUCCCAAACCCAUUCUCAAUGCCACUGGAUUACUGAGAAGGCCCCAAAAGUUGGAUACAUCUCCUUUCCUUUCUUUCCAAGCAAGCAAGCCUUAGAAAAUAGGAAUAAGAACCAGAGACUGAACCCCUGAACAUGAGGCCCUGGUCUGGCUUGAGCUCAGAGAAAAUCCAGAUCAUCAAGAGCAGAAGCAAUGCAGAUUAGGGGCCUGACCCUGAGUUAGGCAAAAGCCCUACCCUUGGGCUCUGAAAAGACAUGGCUGAACAGAAUCUGCUUGUCUGCCUUUCCUGCAGCCCCCAGCACCUUUGGAGAUGAAAGUGUUUGCCCAACGUUGGCCCUCUGCAUGCCCAUUCCAUGUGUAGAGGUGUGCACCACGUGGCUAUUCUCCAGAGUAAGAAAAAGAAGCACCCAACAGGGAGUUUGGGGGACUCAGAAGCCAGAGACAAAAUUUUCUGAAAGCAAUCAUCAACUUCUGCUCCUCCAGUCUUCUAACAGGGAAAUCUUGGCCACUCAUGCUGCCCGUCCCCUUGCCUGCAUCUACCACAAGCCACUUUAAAGGAUGAAGUUCCAGUCCAUGCAGAGUGCAGUGCCUAGGUUAGCCACAAGAGGUCACUUCUAAAGGCAUCUGUAUCCCACCUGCUCGCUCUCUCCUUAAUCCCCCCUUGAAAGUUAGGGCUGGAGUUCUCCAAGGUGGCACCAACUCCUGGCCCCACUGGACUGACUUCAUCCUCCAAGUUGUAAGAGGAAGCUGGGGUGGGGGUGGGGGUGUCAUUAGUUCCUGUGGCACUUGUCAAAAAAGAGCCAAGUUAUAUUUUCCUUAUCAGUCCAUUUAGUGUUCCUGUUCUCAGCUGCAACUGAUAGUGUUGAUCAAAGCAACACCUUGCUCACUGAGCAUGUACCAAUGUCUUAUUUAUCUGUCCCAUAAUGCCUUCAAGUUGAUGCAGCAGUACAGCUGAGCCCUGGGCAAUAGGAAGGAAGCCAAUGAGAAAGGGCACAUGACAUUUCAAUUUCUGAGGGCCUGGGGCAUGAAUUACAACUCCAGAAGAGAAAAAAAUCUGGCUACAUACACUCUAGCUCAGCCCUCCCUCUCUAAAGAAGGCCACCAAACAUUCACUAAAGUCUAUUGUUGGCUGAGGCUGACCUAAGGCAGAGAGCAGCCAAUUUACAUGCAUUCUCCACCCAGUUCACCUCCCACCCCUCAGUCUUAUUCUUUCCAUGACCAUGUACCCUACUGAUACAUCAGAAAAGUACAAGGUCAGAAAAACAAACCUAAGACUCCACAUUGGCAUCUUGGCCCUAUCUAAUUCAUCCUCUUUACUGUCCCAAAAGGCGCAACAAUUCUUCAGAGGCAAUUAACAUGGUAUAGUGGACAGUGUCUGGCCUGGGAACCAAGAAAUCUAUUUCAUUCAUAAGUCUGCCAUAAAUUUACUAAGUGACCUAGGCAAAACACAGGGGGUUAUGUCAGAUGGUCUUCAAGCCCUUUCCAGUUUUAGGACUAUGAGAAAGCUAAGUGUGUCAUAACAGUAAUGGUGAGCAGAGCACAACUACCUGGCAACAAUGACAAUUAAACGUCUAGCGUCAGGCAUAACUAUCUGACUCCCUUCUUCACUACUCCACAGUCAAGCAGUGAUAACUAAUCAUCUCUGACCGCUCUAUGAAGGGGCGGGACUAGCGCGGUGGCAGCUAGCAUGAAUCCCCACCCAGAAUUGGAGGGGAGAAGCUCGGACUACAAACCCCGGCAUGCAACACUGCCGCUCUCAAAAGUAUCUCUUCCGGCCCGCAAAUCACUCUUCCCUGGGUCCCUCCGGCCGUACAGUGCAACGCAUGCAAACGCAACUACGAGUUCCACAAUCCUUUAGAUCCAUCACGUCAUUGUUCCCAGGGUGCAAUGCGCUGCCGUUUGCCCUUUGAGCCCCUUGCGCAUUGCAAACUGGGGGUUGAAGUCCGCUAUAGGCAGGUAGCUGGGCGUUGUCAGGAUCACAAACACUCCGCUUCUGGCUUCCUCUUGAAGAGAAGUUUUGAGGGUCAGUGGUUAAGAUGGGGUAACGGGCAGACGAAAGUCUCCACGGUGCUAUCGCCAUUCAAGACAGAGAUGUUCGGGCUAAAAUUAACUGUUGGGAGUGAGAGGGAAGGGGAAAACCGCAGCUAUCCAACCCGCCACCAAAAGGGUCGUUUUCUGUCGCAAUGUCUUUUCUUUUUCUCUUUAUCAAGAUGGCGGCCUGGCCCAGCCACACCUGAUGCUGUAACCAAAUAGUCCAUUACAACAUCGCUAGGAAAAAUACUGCUGUCACCGACAGCCUGCCAGCUCCAUCCAACAUCACACUUGUUCCUGUCGGUUCGUAAGGACUCCAAGGGCAAAAUAGCCUAUAUCCCAUUACCAAAAUGGCGAAAGAAGCAGCUUUCUUGUAAGGGCCUCCAGGUGACAAUACGCCUGCGCGGGAGGUGGGCUGUGUUGUUACGGGGCAGGAGCGGCGCACCCUCAACACGCCUGCGCGAGAACAGAGUCCUCUCGGUCUACACACAAACACCAAUGGAUGAGGCGUCCCCAGGUUGUUGCGGCUGCGCUGUGACCCCUACGAACUUUCCCAGACGCCUGCGCGAGGCCUCAGGUCCCGCCCCUUUAUCUCAGUACGCUGGCGCAGGGCGAAAAGGCGGGGCUUCGGAGCUCCAGGCGAAUGCCAGCGCGGCUGCGCGCUG